UCCGGAGAUGGUGAUGCUGGGUCCGGAUGAGCAGUUCACGGUUCUGUCUCUGUCCGGGGACAAACCCAAGAGGGCCAACGUCAUCAAGGCUGUGUGUCUGCUGCUUGGACCGGACUUCUUCACUGAUGUCAUCACCAUAGAAACAGCCGACCAUGCCCGCCUGCAGCUGCAGCUGUCCUACAACUGGUGUUUUUGAUGUUAAAUCUCCGGUCAGCUCCGCUGAUGCUGCAUCUCUCUUCUCUGUCCCUGACUUUGUGGGGGACGCCUGUAAAGCCAUCGCCUCUCGGGUUCGUGGCGCCGUCGCCUCUGUCCAGUUCGACGACUUCCACAAGAACUCCAACCGGAUCAUCUGCUCGGCCGUGUUCGGCUUCGACGAGAAGAUGUCGGUCCGACCCAGUCUGAGGUUCAGCCAGAACAACCUGGUGAUCAGCAGCGUGGACAUCCAAUCAGUGGAGCCGGUGGACCAGAGGACCCGGGACGCCCUCCAGAAGAGCGUCCAGCUGGCCAUCGAGAUCACCACCAACUCCCAGGAGGCGGCCGCACGUCAUGAGGCAGAGCGUCUGGAGCAGGAGGCCCGGGGUAAACUGGAGCGUCAGCGGAUCACGGACCAGGCCGAGGCCGAACGGGCCCGAAAGGAGCUGCUUGAGCUGGAGGCACUCAGCGCUGCCGUGGAGAGCACCGGGGCGGCUAAAGCCGAGGCCCAGUCCAGGGCCGAAGCCGCUCGAAUCCAGGGCGAAGCCGCCGUCAACGAAGCCAAACUGAAGGCGGAAGCUCAGAGGAUUGAAGCCGAGGCAGAGCUUCAGCGUCUGGCCAAGGCCCGUGAGCAGGAGCUGAAUUAUAAAAAGGAGAUGGACCGUCUGGAGGUGGAGAAGAAGGAGCGUCUGGCGCAGAUCGACAGUCAGCGCUUCGGUCAGCUGGUGGAGAGUCUGGGCUCCGACACCCUGAAGGAGAUGGCCCGAGCUGGACCAGAACUGCAGGUCAAACUGCUCCAGUCUCUGGGUCUGAAGUCCACUCUGAUCACAGAUGGAUCAUCACCCAUCAACCUGUUCACCACCGCCAACGGCCUGCUGGGGGCGCUGCCGGGACAGGCCCAGGGGGAGUGAGGACCAGGGGGAGUGAGGACCAGGGCAGGGCUGGCCAGGGGGGC